AUGAGUAAUUACCUGAAACAAUACUUUGGAUUUACAAUUCCUUUCUUGACUCCAACAAUUUUGAUUUUAUGGCUUUUUAUAAGGUUGCUGACUCUACAUUCCCAGCAGGCUUAUCGAUAUUUAAAUGAACUUUUAUUCGCAUUCUUUAUGCGAACCUUUCUUUUUAUAUUUGGAUACAUGAAUGUUAGAAAGAUACACGUUUACGGUGACGUUGAUUUUAUUAAAAGGAAAAACGAGAGAGUUUUAUUCAUCUCAAACCAUUUGUCCAAAGCCGAUUGGUUCAUUUGUUCCAUGCUUAUUUUGCAUCAAGGCGGGUUAGGAAGAACAAGAUUUGUGCUGCAUAAAAAUCUCAAAUAUACACCGAUUUUCGGAUUUUACCUUUCCCAGGACUCUUGCUUAUUCGUUGACCGAUAUAAUUUUAAUGCAAAAGCAGCUAUCAGUACACUAAAUGAUAUCAAACAACUUCAGGCCAAUACUUGGAUGGUUAUUUACCCUGAAGGUACUAGAUACAAUCCAUGGAAGCAUGAUGUGAUUCAAGCUUCGCAAAAAUUCGCCGUUGAGAAAGCUGGUAUUAAACCGUUCAAGCAUGUUUUGGUGCCAAGAAAAAGAGGUAUUCAGUUGAUAUUAAAUCAGAUGCAUGAUUGUCUUGAUGCUUUAUACGAUGUGACAACUGUAUUCGCUGAUGAAAAUGGUUAUCCAUGUGAUCAUUCUAUACCUGCACCAGGUUUGGGAGAUUGGUUAAUAAGACAGCGAAGUUUAUACAUCUAUUUGAAGCGUAUACCAAUAAAGCAAAUCCCAAGUGAUAGUCAAUCAAUCACUCAAUGGCUGUAUGAGCGUUAUAGAAUAAAGGAUGAUUUUAUCGAUAAUUUACAAACAAGAUUUUAUAAAUCAUCUCAAACAUUGCAAAAUCACAGUCAUACCAAUCAUCAAAACAUUGCCGAGUCGAUAACAACACUUAACAACUAUGAUGUGGAUACAAAUAAUAAUAAUAAUAAUAAUAAUAAUAAUAAUAAUAAUAAUAAUAAUAAUAAUUACAGUAGUAAAAAUAUCCGAUGUUUACCAAAUGAUUUAACAAUAAUUAAACAGAAUUUUCUUGAUUGUUUCACCGAUGAAAUGUCUAAACAAUGCUUAGAACUUGAAAAAUUUCACCUUUUCGAUUUCUUACCAUACGCAAUAUUAUUUUAUGGUAUUACAAUUUAUUGGAUUAUUGGAUUUGGUUGGUAUGGUUUAAUGAGUUAUUUAACUGCAAGUUUAAUUGGAACAAUUGGUGGUCAGCUAUAUGUGCAUUUCGCAAUUUAGUAAUAUUUAAACAUAUGUAUAUGUUUAUGACGCUUUAUUCAGUUUAUUUAUUAUAAUAUUACAAAAAUUGCAUGUAUAUUAUCAUUGACAUGCAAUAAAGUGCUUACUUAAAAA